GGCUAGUCAGCUUCCAUCACGCGAGACGCCGUUGAGGCAGCGCAUGGAUUCUGUCAUUUGGCAUCGAAGAUGACAUCGCGCAAGUGGACUCAAGAAGAAGACGAGAAGCUUCGCGCGGCGGUGUUGAAGGUCGGCGCGCGUCGAUGGCGUGUGGUCGCGACCCAAUACUUUCCCCAUCGCUCCCAGCAGGACUGUUGCAAUCGGUGGCACGAACUGCAAGCAUGCACAUCGAUGCAUAAGCGACCGUGGCUCGCGUUCGAGGAUGACAUCCUUGUGAAGACUGUGGCCAGGUACGGCCCGAAACGGUGGGGCUUAAUUGCAUCGUACAUUGCCGGGCGAAAUGGCAAGCAGUGCCGCGAGCGGUGGCACAAUCAUUUGAACCCGUCGAUCAAGAAAGGACCGUGGGAGCCCCACGAAGAUGCCAAACUGAUUGAACUCCAAGCCAAGUAUGGGAAUCGGUGGGCGCUCAUCACAAAGGCGCUUCCUGGACGCACGGACAACGCUGUGAAGAACCACUGGCAUGCCAACCUCAAGCCGGCAGACCCCGUGCUAUCCCCUUCCAAGCCAAUUCAACAAUGUCGAACUCAGUCAUCAGCACCCCCUCUCUUGGCGACAUCACAUCUGCCUCUGAGACUCAAGAUUGAACCGCUACGCAAGCGAAAACCGCCGCCCCCAUUGGCUUCCGCACCGCCAGCGACGGAAGUCGUCGACGAAUUUGCAUGGGUAUCUGACGAAUGGUCUUCGAUGGACUUGUCUGUGUGGGACGACAUGGUCAUCCAAGUGUCGGAUGUGCUUUGACUCAGCGAGGUUUAUGGACAAUUAUAAUGGUAGAGCAAAACGAUUAAUUUUUGAUUGGGCACAGCAUGAAUUGGAUAAACAUGCGACAACCCUAUAUCCGCGA